AUGCGGCUUGUCACCCAUCGGGAACUAGAGGUGUGGCCUCCGCUGGCGAUCCCGAUCCUCAGCACCGCGGGCCGACGGGCGCGGGCACCACCCGGCGGGGCGCCCGCGGGCGGUAGGGAGUCGUCCACGGGGCGACGCGUGCGGACGCCGGCCCACCCAGACCCUCCAGCGGGGGCCCGAGCUCCCGUAAUUCUCUGGCGGUCGGAAGAGAAGCAGCAGGAACCCGGAGCGCCUUUCCGGAGAGUCCAGCACGCCCUGCGGAGGGGCAGCUCCGAACUCAGAGCCUCGGGACCAGCUGCGGCGGCGCGACGCCGCAUUUCCACUGACCUGAUUGCAACCCCCCAACCACUCGCCCCGGUAGGUGCGGGCGGAGGAGCCGCGGCGGGAAGAGCCCCGCCCGCCCCCCCGCCCGAGGCUGGCCCCUCGGCGACCCUCCCCCUCCAGCGCCCUAAAAGCCCGGGCACCCCCGCCGCGGGCCGAGGACCCCCUCCUGCGGGCCCUCCCCCCCACCUCGGGCCCCGGGCCCCCUCCUCACGGACCCAGCGCCCGGCCCCCGACCCCGCCCCUCUCCCCAGGCCCCGGCCCCGCCGCGCCGGCCCGGGGAAGCCCCGCCUGCGCCCCCGCGGCGCCCGAAACCGCGAGCGGAAGAGCGGCGGAGCCGCAGCGGCCGCCACUUCCUUCCCGUUCCGGGCCGGCGGCGCCCGGGAGCGCAGGAGAGAGGCCGGCGCUCCGAGCCCGGGAGGCCGCGCGCGCUCACCGCCGCCGGGGUCGGUCCCGCCCGCUCGGCCCCGGCUCCGCGGCGCCCGCAGCUCCCCGCAGCCCGGUCCACUUCCGGCUCCGCGGGCGGGGGCGGAGCCGCAUCCGGCCCGAGAGGCCCCGCCCCCGGCAGCUCGCCCCGCCCAGCGCCCGGGCGCGGCUCCCGCACCCCUUCCCGGCCCACCCGUCGUGACCUGCGCCCCCAGCUCGCGACCACGCGAGCCCCGCCCCGGGAGCGGGUCUGCCACUCGCGCCUGGCGGGCCAAUUUUGGGCAUCUCUGGUCAGCUUUUCCAACUACUAUUUGGGAAAACAUCUCUUUGGAACGUGAUGGAGAUUUGGCUAUUUAUUUCCUUAAAAGCAGUAUUUUGGGUGGAAAUUCCUGCAAGGUAGCCUCCUUUGGCCUCCAGGGAGUUGUGUCUAGAAUGCCAGGAAACUUACAGCCAGAGCAAAGGUCUUCAGGGACCGAGAUGUCCACUGGGUUUCCUCAUCUACGUGCUUGGUAUGCACAACAGGAUGACGGGAGCAUCUGGGGUCUCCCCGGACCCCAUUUCCACGUGUGGCAGGCUUGGGCUUCCUCCCCAGUGUGGUGGCCUCAGGGCAGGACAUUUCGUUCUACCUGAAGACAAGAACUGCCAAGUCUAAGCCGGGAAGUCAGUUGCCAACCGUGACUCAUUGUGAGUAAAGACGUGCAUGCUGUUGGCUUCUUCGGAAAGUGGUGGGCAAGACUUACGUAAAAUAUUCAGAAUGAGUCAAACACAAGGAGCUGCGGCAGGAGGGCGGCCACGCGGAAGGAGCCGGGAUGUAUCUGAUGGGUUGAUCGGCGCUGGUGCUCGUGUCCUGCCCGGGGACCACAUACAUGUAUUAUUCAUAGGAAACAGCAAGUGUGCCAAGUGAACAUGAGCAAGAUCCUCAGCACCGAUGCUGUGGCGCCGGUGUCCCCAAAGCUAGCGUCUCCCUCCCUCUGAUGCAGCGUCCGCAGCACUGUCACAGUGCAGCUCACAUUCCUGGCCAAACUCUGGAUGGACAGAAUGAAACAGCCACCCUUACCAGAAGGUGGCCUCCUGCUGUCUUAUGCUGCCUCCCCAGCACGUCCAAGUGCCUGGGUACAGAGCGGGUCCUCAACAGGUAGCCACUGAAACUGCUUUUCAAUAGUGCAGAUUCCCCACCCGCCCUUCUAGUUUCACUGAGGUGACACUCUGCACACCCAGGUUUGAAGAUUUGCUGUCCUAGCUGUCCAACCCAUUUGCAUGCAUGCCAAGGAGCGUUCUGAUUACUGUGAACUGUCCUCUGCUUUCCUCCUGGCCAGUCUCUGCUUCGUGUCACCAUGGAAGCAUCUGGAAUGCUCUUUUCCCAAGGCUGCCGGGGACUCCUUGCUCUCGACUCAGUGCCCUGUGACAAGGAGCCCACGUUUGUCAUAAAGUGAGUGGGUCUUGGAAGGGGGGCAGUUCUCCACCCCUAACAUCUCCAGGCCAGGGCGGCCUUCUCCACAAGACAAGUUGGAUGCUGUGGGGCAUUUAAUGGUGGACCUGCAAAGAUACAUCUGUGUCCAAGUCUCUGGCACGUGGGAACGCAACUUCACAUUGAAGAGGGGUCUUUGUAGAUAUAAUUAAGUGAUGGAUCCUGAGGAGAGAUCAUCCUGGCUUAGCCAGGUGGGCCAGUGAGAGGUGUUCUUAGAAGAGAAGAGGGCCGCGUGACAGACGCCGAGAUCAGAGAGAUGUGGCCGCCGCCAAUGGAGCCAGCGGCCACGAGAAGCUGACGGGGGCCAAGAAUGACCCUCCUGUCCCACCCGUUACUUGGUGUGGUCCAGGCCAGGGGCCACACAAGGUGCCAGCCUCAAACAGGACUGGAAAAUGCGCACGACUGAGCCAUGGGUAUAAAACAGCAGAAUCGCUGCCACUCAUUUGCCAUUAAGCUAAGGAUACGUAAGAGGAAUACAUCUUUGAGACACUCAGGAAUAUAGUUUAGGGAUUUGUUGGUAGUUAGAAUAGAAGCAAUAAUAGCUUCUGGACAGCCAUUUGUCUGUCUGCCAAAGAACACAGGGAGGAUGGACCUCUGCCCACAUCCAGGAAGCCCCCUGGGUGAGACAGGACUUAGCCAGCAAAAGGUAUAGAACAAAAGCAAAAACUCACAAUCACCUUAAAAAUGCAGGAUGUGACACGUGGAGAGAGACCGUAAGGCAGCAAUUGUGGGGCUGAAGUGGCCUGAACAGUUUCUAAUGGUGGGAAGAGUUGAGGUAGCCUAGUACGGGGCCACACCCGGGCUGCCCACCGGCUCCGGCCCCCCUGCUGCCGGCCGCCCCGAACGUCUACAGGAGACGAGCCCGAGGAACGUGACCAACGAGUAUUCUCAGGAGAGCAAGGCCACCGAAACAUCUGCUUUCUUUGCAUAUUUCUCAACUGACUUUUUAAAGGCAUAAAUGGAAUCACUGUUCCAAUCAAGUUUUAAUAACACACUUGCAACUUAAUGCAUCAAUGUGCCUUUGUUUCCAGAAGCUUCAGGACAUUCACGGCUUGCCUGUUGAGUAAAAUGGAAAGUCGGGUGAAAAAGCAAGCAAGCCCUACAUGCUGUGGCUCCCACGCUUAGGCGGACUGCGCCCCAAGGACGAGGACAGGCAGGAAGUGAGGCUGCCCUGACUGACACGGGAAGAGCGGCAAGCACAGGCUCUCAAGAACAGAAACCACCUCCUUCCUGACGGAAACAGCCUGCAGGACACACAGACCAGGGACAGAGCCGGGCCCACCCAGCACGGCCCCGGGUGGGCCGGCGUCCGCCACCGGGCUUGGGGCUCUCGUCCUGGGCCGCCCGUGAGCGGUCCCCGCACCCCCUUCCCAGGCACCCACGAGUGGCCGGCUUUCUGCCCCAGACUCAGUGUCCAGCCCUUCCAUUUGGAUGGGCCCCGCCAGAGCCAGUGCGUGGGUAGCCCUCGCCCCUACCGUGGUGGAGGUACAGGGCUCAGCACCUGGUUCCAGAGAGGCAGGCUCCCUGUCCCCGGGGCCAUGAAUCCGGAAGGACAGCCCUGGACAGCACCAUGUGAUCACACAGAGGAGCGGGAAGUGACGCCCACCGGGAGGUGGGAGGGGAGCUGAGAAACGGGGAAGAGAACACGUGGGCGCACACCCGUCGGCCCUCCCUGGGCCAAGAGGAGCCUGCACACCCCGCUUCUGUCUGAGACCUGCCUGGCUCCUUGCCUCUGGGGUCAGAGCCGAGGGCCCUGAGCGCCCAGUCCUCUCUGGAGGACAGCUUGACCCU